UACCUGCCUUUCAAAAUACUUUUGUUUCGUUUACAUAUUCAAGAAUAAACACAUGUCAAGAGUAAAUAAGGAUAAGUAAUACUAAAUGUGUUUUUAUAUUUGAACAAAAAAAUCAUACUAUAACACUAGAGUCGAUAAGCUGUGGCAGCUGCUAUCUGGAAAAAGCACGUCCCCGCGACAAACUUCAACAACUGUGCGCGAGCCCGACCGGCUGGUACAAACGUCUCGUUUGAGCUCCAAGUGCAGCGCGAAUGUGGAUACAUCGAGCUAACGAAUGAAAAACGGUAAACGGAAUCAUUUGGUUAAUAACAUCUAGACAUCCAUUCAUUUCGCCAUAGUACGUUCUGGGACACUUCAUCUGAGGUUCUUUUAGCACGGGCAUGAUCGGGACAGCGAGUUGAACGCCUUACAAAACUCCCAGAAGAAUGAGGUCCUCACAUUUCAAGAGGAGAAGAAAGCCCUACUGAGGAAUCUUAUGGACGAAGAAAUGAGUCGCCAGACCGCCACCGCGCUGCCGACAGGAACCUCCAAGUGCCCCCCCUCCCAGCGCGUGCCCACCCUGUCGGGCACCACCGCCUCCAACAGUGACCUGGCCAGCUUGUUUGAGUGCCCCGUCUGCUUCGACUAUGUCCUGCCUCCAAUCCUGCAGUGCCAGUCGGGACACCUGGUGUGCUCCAACUGCCGGCCCAAGCUCACCUGCUGCCCCACGUGCCGGGGGCCCCUCGGCUCCAUCCGGAACCUGGCCAUGGAGAAGGUGGCCAACUCGGUGCUCUUCCCCUGCAAGUACGCGUCGUCGGGCUGCGAGGUCACGCUGCCGCACACGGACAAGGCGGAGCACGAGGAGCUGUGUGAGUUCCGGCCGUACUCCUGCCCCUGCCCGGGGGCCUCCUGCAAGUGGCAGGGCUCGCUGGACGCCGUCAUGCCCCACCUGAUGCACCAGCACAAAUCCAUCACCACGCUGCAGGGGGAAGACAUCGUGUUCCUGGCCACGGACAUCAACCUGCCCGGCGCCGUGGACUGGGUGAUGAUGCAGUCGUGUUUCGGCUUCCACUUCAUGCUGGUGCUGGAGAAGCAGGAGAAGUACGACGGCCACCAGCAGUUCUUCGCCAUCGUGCAGCUCAUCGGCACGCGCAAGCAGGCCGAGAACUUCGCCUACCGCCUGGAGCUCAACGGGCACCGGCGCCGGCUCACGUGGGAGGCCACGCCGCGCUCCAUCCACGAGGGCAUCGCCACGGCCAUCAUGAACAGCGACUGCCUGGUGUUUGACACGUCGAUCGCACAACUGUUUGCGGAGAACGGGAACCUGGGCAUCAACGUCACCAUAUCCAUGUGCUGAGGGACCUCCGGCGGCGCCAUCCAACCCCCCCCCGACCCCCCCCCCCCAUUCCCGGGAAACGGGGGGGGUGA